AUGGAAUAUUUACAAAAAUAUACAAAAAAUAAAAUUUUUACUCAAAAAAUUCCACAAUUCUUUAAUAAUUUAUUUAUUCUUUUAAUUUUAAAUUUAUUUAUUUUUACUUUUGUUUAUGCACAAUUUAACCCUUGUAAUGGAAAAGCAUUACUCAACGAAUCUUGCGAUAAAGAUGCCGAUUGUGAAUUGAAAGGCUCAAUCUGUUUACGGCAGACUUGUCAAUGUCAUCCUUUCUAUCAAAUGGUAAAAUCUGAAAAGGGGGGAAGUACUUCAGCCAGAUGUAGUCGAUUGCCCGCAAAGGUUGGGCAAGAAUGCCAGAGUAAAUGUAGAGAACCUCUCUUUUGUAGAGGAGGUCGGUGUCAAUGCGUUCAACGUGGAUCAACAUCAAUUGUGAAUGGAGAAUGUGUAUCUGUCUCUCGAGUGGGUGAUCGAUGUUCUCGCCAUUAUGAUUGUACCUCCCCUUUUUCUGCUUGUGUUAAUCACCAAUGUGUUUGUAUUUCGGGUACAAUUCAGCAAGGAAGCAAAUGUGUUGCUACUUCUAAUUGUCCACUUGGUGGGGCACCUUCUGGAAUAUGCACUCGUAAAGCACAACCUAGCCAAAUACUCAACUUUGUUGAGGAGGCUGAUACUUGUUCCCAAGGCUUUUAUUGUGUUACAACUCCAGAAUCACCCGUAGGUCAUUGCUGUCCAGCAGUAUGCCCUCUAGGUUCAUCAGUAGAUAGUUCAUUUAGUUGUAUAUCCGGUGGAAGUUUUGGUAUUCCCGAAGUUUCUACAACCCAAACAACACCUUCAUUUUCAGCAUUUUUUGGUUAA